GUUCUCUGCAGAGGUAGGAGGGGACACAGGCAGACAGCAGGAGCCUCCUCAACGCUUCACCAUCUCCCACUAACCACCAUGCUCAACGCUGACAUGACCAGCACUCGGGUAAGACUCACUGCUGAACUUUACACAGUAACUUAACUCAGUAUCUUUAAGGUAGAUGUAGCUUUAUUCUACAGAAAUGCUAAGCAAAUGUGAGUUUGUUCUUCAACUCAAGAAUUGGUCUGGCGUGUGACAAAGCUAUCUGAUUUUCUCGGAACACUCACAAUUAUCAUGAGGUUGUAGGCAGCAUUCCCCAGUUCGUGUGAGGGUAAAGGACCACUUGAAAUUACUUGACUGAGAAUUGAAGAGGUUGUGUUUUGGGCAGAGAGACAGGAGUGGAUCAGAUGCAACAAGCUAUUUCAUGGCAAAUGUACACUUAAUCAACAAUUGACCUUAAAAACACAAACUGGGUUAAUUUAAAAGACGUCUCUUGAACCAGUUUUAGUCAGAUUACCACCCAAGCAAUCAUUAAACGUGUUUUCCUCUACCCAGAGCUGGAAUUAAUGCAACAAAAUGCUAUUUAUAUGUAAAUAGCUUUCCGCACUAAUAUAAUCUAACCGGUCCUGCUGGCUUGGGUUGAAAGAAUGAAUCAUUACAACAACAACAACAAAAAUACUCAUUCUGAUUAAUAAGAAUGUUUAGAUUAAUUCUCAGUUUGGAAACGUAAUUUAAAGGUUAUAAGCAAUUUUCUGUCUCCCGGCUCUUCGACAGUAGAUAUGAGGACAACAGCAGCAUCCUGAGCUGACAAAGAAACACUUCAUUGGAAGGAACAAGAGGCUGGUGAGUGUGUUUACAAUAUAUUGAUAUAAAUUGAUGCAAAAAAGUCUAAAGUUAUGAGUUUGUAUGUCUCUAAAGAAGCUAUCCAAUAUCAGGACGUUCACAAUAUACACGUCUCUAGGGAAGUUGUACACAUACUGUAGAAUAUCAGGAUUUGGACGUACAGUACCUGUCAAAAGUUUGGACACACCUACUCAUUCAAGGGUUUUUCUUUAUUUUUACUAUUUUCUACAUUGUAGAAUAAUAGUGAAGACAUCAAAACUAUGAAAUAACACAUAUGGAAUCAUGUAGUAACCAAAAAAGUGUUAAACAAAUCAAAAUAGAUUUUACAUUCUUCAAAGUAGCCACCCUUUGCCUUUGAAAAUAGUAAAAAUAAAGAAACCCUUGAAUGAGCAGGUGUGUCAACUUUUGACUGGUACUGAACGUUGACGAUAAACACGUCUCUAGGGAAGUUGUACACAUACUGUACAAUAUCAGGAUUGGAUAUACAGUGGGGAAAAAAAGUAUUUAGUCAGCCACCAAUUGUGCAAGUUCUCCCACUUAAAAAGAUGAGAGAGGCCUGUAAUUUUCAUCAUAGGUACACGUCAACUAUGACAGACAAAAUGAGAAAAAGAAAUCCAGAAAAUCACAUUGUAGGAUUUUUUAUGAAUUUAUUUGCAAAUUAUGGUGGAAAAUAAGUAUUUGGUCAAUAACAAAAGUUUCUCAAUACUUUGUUAUAUACCCUUUGUUGGCAAUGACACAGGUCAAACGUUUUCUGUAAGUCUUCACAAGGUUUUCAGACACUGUUGCUGGUAUUUUGGCCCAUUCCUCCAUGCAGAUCUCCUCUAGAGCAGUGAUGUUUUGGGGCUGUCGCUGGGCAACACAGACUUUCAACUCCCUCCAAAGAUUUUCUAUGGGGUUGAGAUCUGGAGACUGGCUAGGCCACUCCAGGACCUUGAAAUGCUUCUUACGAAGCCACUCCUUCGUUGCCCGGGCGGUGUGUUUGGAAUCAUUGUCAUGCUGAAAGACCCAGCCAUGUUUCAUCUUCAAUGCCCUUGCUGAUGGAAGGAGGUUUUCACUCAAAAUCUCACGAUACAUGGCCCCAUUCAUUCUUUCCUUUACACGGAUCAGUCGUCCUGGUCCCUUUGCAGAAAAACAGCCCCAAAGCAUGAUGUUUCCACCCCCAUGCUUCACAGUAGGUAUGGUGUUCUUUGGAUGCAACUCAGCAUUCUUUGUCCUCCAAACACGACGAGUUGAGUUUUUACCAAAAAGUUAUAUUUUUGUUUCAUCUGACCAUAUGACAUUCUCCCAAUCCUCUUCUGGAUCAUCCAAAUGCACUCUAGCAAACUUCAGACGGGCCUGGACAUGUACUGGCUUAAGCAGGGGGACACGUCUGGCACUGCAGGAUUUGAGUCCCUGGCGGUGUAGUGUGUUACUGAUGGUAGGCUUUGUUACUUUGGUCCCAGCUCUCUGCAGGUCAUUCACUAGGUCCCCCCGUGUGGUUCUGGGAUUUUUGCUCACCGUUCUUGUGAUCAUUUUGACCCCACGGGGUGAGAUCUUGCGUGGAGCCCAGAUCGAGGGAGAUUAUCAGUGGUCUUGUAUGUCUUCCAUUUCCUAAUAAUUGCUCCCACAGUUGAUUUCUUCAAACCAAGCUGCUUACCUAUUGCAGAUUCAGUCUUCCCAGCCUGGUGCAGGUCUACAAUUUUGUUUCUGGUGUCCUUUGACAGCUCUUUGGUCUUGGCCACAGUGGAGUUUGGAGUGUGACUGUUUGAGGUUGUGGACAGGUGUCUUUUAUACAGAUAACAAGUUCAAACAGGUGCCAUUAAUACAGGUAACGAGUGGAGGACAGAGGAGCCUCUUAAAGAAGAAGUUACAGGUCUGUGAGAGCCAGAAAUCUUGCUUGUUUGUAGGUGACCAAAUACUUAUUUUCCACCAUAAUUUGCAAAUAAAUUCAUAAAAAAUCCUACAAUGUGAUUUUCAGGAUUUUUUUCUUCUCAAUUUGUCUGUCAUAGUUGACGUGUACCUAUGAUGAAAAUUACAGGCCUCUCUCAUCUUUUUAAGUGGGAGAACUUGCACAAUUGGUGGCUGACUAAAUACUUUUUUCCCCCACUGUAAGUUGAUGAUGCAGACAGUUUCAAGCUGUGAGAAAAAUUGUACAACAGGUUUAAAAAGUUAGCUUCAUAGGUACCAACUAUAUAUAUAACCCUGCUUCCUUCUCCAUUUAUCUUGUGGACAGGCCCUCUGAUCAGUAGCACUUCCUUAAGAUGCACCUCCCCAGGAUCAAGAAGAGAACCCAGUCACCCCACAGAGAGACCGUCUCCCCUGCCCCCUCCUACUACUCAGAGCCAGUCUACCUGCAGCACCGCAAGGUAAAGUACAGGAACGGCAGCCAGCACGUCGUCUUCACACGGUUGAUAUUCUCUCUUCAAGAACACUCUGGAGUAAGGGUUUGGCGAAAAGCACAGACUUCUUGAAAUGAUCAAUGCACAGCGGUUGAUCGUUAGAUCCCAAAUUGACCCCUGUGUUAUACCGUCUAUGGCAUCCCGUAGAUCUGAAAAGAUCGGAUUGGUGUAAGCGAUACGGGCUAGAGGUGGAUUUGGGGUUCAGGCAGAGAGUCACGUGAACGUAAACCCCUGCGUUUUAAUUUUGUUCAGGACGUGACCAGAGAUCUGCCCCCGCUGCCUGGCGGAAUGAGACGACGAGGCCUGGAUGAGGAAGACGAGGAAGAGACGCUGAGCCUACGGAGCAUGCCCGGUAUGAGAAGCUCCCUGAGUCACGCCUCGAAGGUCAAAAGGUCAUGGGGGUUCCCCAAGAGACACGUCGUCCCCGAGCUCAGACUGCCCCCUGUCACUAAGAUUCAUCCUGACCCCAGGUACUUCCUCGCUUGUUUUCUACUCCUCCUUUUAUUGACGUGUUUCUAUCAAGAGCACUCCUCGACACGCAUCACUUCCUGUCCCUGAGGAAAAAACGCUUUGGAUUGAAUUUACAUUAGCAUAUGGAGUCAAUAUAACACCAUGUGUAUACACUGAGCUUACCACACAUUAGGAACACCUUAAGUCCUCAGAACAGCCUCAAUUCGUCGGGGGCAUGGACUCUACAAGGUGUCGAACGCGUUCCACAGGGAUGCUGGCCCCAUGUUGACUCCAAUGCUUCCCACGGUUGUGGCAAGUUGUCUGGAUGUCCUUUGGGUGGUGGCCCAUUCUUGAUACACACGGGAAACUGUUGAGCGUGAAAAACCCAGCAGCGUUGCAGUUCUUGACACAAACCGAUGCGCCUGGCACCUACUACCAUACCCUGUUCAAAGGCACUUAAAUAUUUUAUCUUGCCCAUUCACCCUCUGAAUGGUACAUAUACACAAUCCAUGUCUCAGUUGCUUCAAGGCUUAAAAAUCCUUCUUUAACCUGUCUCCUCCCCUUCAUCUACACUGAUUGAGGUGGAUUUAACAAGUGACAUCAGUAAGGGAUCAUAGCUUUCACCUGGAUUGACCUGGUCAGUCUACAGUAUGUAAUGGUAAGAGCAGGUGUCCUUAAUGUUUUGUGUACUCAGUGUAUGUGUCUUUAUGUUUGUCACAGAGGCAAUCUGGAAUUGAGGGGUACUGGCUACCUGAGAUGUUCCGCAUUUCCACCCAUCAUCAAAUCUACCAGAACCCAUGAGCCGCUGCGCCAGGAGAGACCCCCAGGUGGAGCUGGGUACAGGUUAGAUACUUUUCUAUAGUCUACAUACAGAAAUCAUCCCUCCCCUGGUAUAGUCUACAUACAGAAAUCAUCCCUCUCCUGGUAUAGUCUACAUACAGAAAUCAUCCCUCCCCAGGUAUAGUCUACAUACAGAAAUCAUCCCUCCCCUGGUAUAGUCUACAUACAGAAAUCAUCCCUCCCCUGGUAUAGUCUACAUACAGAAGUCAUCCCUCCCCUGGUAUAGUCUACAUACAGAAAUCAUCCCUCCCCAGGUAUAGUCUACAUACAGAAGUCAUCCCUCCCCUGGUAUAGUCUACAUACAGAAAUCAUCCCUCCCCAGGUAUAGUCUACAUACAGAAAUCAUCCCUCCCCUGGUAUAGUCUACAUACAGAAAUCAUCCCUCCCCAGGUAUAGUCUACAUACAGCAAUCAUCCCUCCCCAGGUAUAGUCUACAUACAGAAAUCAUCCCUCCCCAGGUAUAGUCUACAUACAGCAAUCAUCCCUCCCCAGGUAUAGUCUACAUACAGAAAUCAUCCCUCCCCUGGUAUAGUCUACAUACAGCAAUUGGUUUUUCACAGCUUUAGCUCCUCUAAAUAUGAGUGUCUUGUUCAUUAAAUUCAUGAAGAAAUGAAAAGAGAGGUGAAGAGGAGAAAGAAGUGCCUAGUCAAUAUCUCCGGCAGCAGACAUAGGAGGUCUCAUUUUCUGCUUAUUAAUGAUUUAAAGGCUGGUGCUGCCUGAGGCAGGAGGAGAAGGGGGAAGCAGGGUGGAAAGAGGGGAGGCAGUGGGGAGAGUGGGAGGAAGGGGGGAGAGGGGGAGGCAGUUUGGAGGAGGGGAGGCAGUUGUGGAGGAGGGGGGAGGCAGGGGGGAAAGGGGGAGGCAAGUUGGGAGGAGGGGGAAGCAAGGGGGGAGGCCAUGUGGGAGGGGGGGGGGAGGAAGGGGGGAGAGGGGGAGGCAGUUUUGGGAGGAGGGGGAGGCAGGGGGGUAGAGGGGGAGGUCAGUUUGGAGGAGGGGGGAGGCAGUGGGAGGAGGGGGGAGUGGCAGUUGGGAGGGAGGGGGGAGGCAUGGUGGGAGGAGGGGGAGGAAGGGGGGGAGGUCAAGUUGGAGGAGGGGAGGAAGGGGGUGAGAGGGAGAGGGGGGAUGAAGGAGGGGAGAGGAGGAGGCAGUUGGGAGGAGGGGGAGGCAGGGGGGAGAGGGAGGCAGGAGGGAGGCGGGAGAGGGAAGGCAGGGGGGAGAGAGGGAGGCAGGGGGAGAGUGGGAGGCAGGUGGAGAGGAGCUGUUGUCUCUGCCUCUCUCUGCUUUGCAUAAUGGUAAGACUGAAUUCUCAGUCUCCAUUCACAUUUUGUCUAUCACCUGUUGCUCUAGGCCUGAGAAGCAGGGAUAUGUUCCCCCUGGACCUCCAGAGAAGGAGGCUGUUGGUCUGAAGAAGCAGGGAGAUGUUCCCCCUGGACCUCCAGAGAAGGAGGCUGUUGGUCUGAAGAAGAGUUUUAAUAAUAAGGAGGACCUCCUCAAAGUACCUGUUGUGACCACGUCCAAGAUCAUCUCUGAUCCACCUCCGCCCAAGACCCAACGCAUCACGUUCCACAGCCCCGUGGUGCAGGCCGUGUACCCCAUCACCCCUGACAACGACACACAAACCAGGAAGCCAGAGGAAGAUAGAAAACCACCGUAUCCCAGAGUCCUCUCUUCUACAUCCACCUGCGCUAUAUCUAACACCAUCGGUCCUCAGAAAGUAUACAUAUUCGAGCCACACCUUCUGAGAGAUAACCCCCCUCCAUACUCCUCUGAGUGGACCGAUCCAAAGGCUUUAACCCAAGGAAGGACUGAGUGGACUGAACCAAGGGCUCCAACCCAGGGGAGGAGAGAGGUGCUGUUGAUCAGACUGGGCAUCACUUGGUCCAAGGCUGAGAGCAGCAGCAACCUGAGACAGCCACAGUCCCAGUCCCAGCUCCAGCGUUGCCCCAUCCGUCCCCUGAAACCAGCUCUGAGAAGACUACCCAUCCCCAACACAGGGAGGCUGAGGGGCUGGGGGAGACAGGGGACGACGUUGGGGUGUCUGUGGGAGGAGGAGGGGUGUCUCCCACCCCCGGUCCCAGUCCACCCCGUGUUACUGGAGCCCUUCACGGGGUGCGAAGAGCACCUCUGUCGCCAGCUCCUCCACUCCCCUACCCCCCUGGCUCAGCUUCUGGAGAAGGCCUCCAGAGGGAGACCGUAUAGACAGACAGGCAGACAGACAGGCAGACAGACGAGUUAGACAGACAGGCCAGAAGACAGUAGACAGACAGGGUAGAACAGACAGCAUACAGAGAGUAUAACAGACAGGUAGAACAGACAGGCAGACAGACAGGUAGACAGACAGGUAACAGACGGUAGAUAGACGGUAACCAAAGGUAAAGACAGAGGGAAAAAGGGAGACAGAGGGUAAACAACUAGACAGACAGGGAGACAACAGUAAAAACAGGGAACGACAGGGAACCCGGUAAUAACGGGAACAACAGGUAGACAACAGGUAAAAAGGGAACAAGGGGUAAGACGACAGGUAGAAAAGGGAACGACAGGGAAACAGACAGGGAGACGACAGCAACAGGAGUAUAACAGACGGGAAACAACCGGUAACAGACGGUAGACAGACUGACACGGCAACGAAGUAAGACAACGGGGGAAAAGAAGUAAAAGACGACAGGUAGACAACAGGCAACAAAAAGGUAACCAGCAGACAAAAGGGGAACAGACAGUAACAGACAGGCAGACGACAACAGGUGACAACAGGUAGACAGACAGUAACAGACAGGCGACAAAAAGGCAACAGACAGGUAGACAGACAGGCAGACAGACGGUAGCCGACAGGUAGAAGACGGUAACGACAGGGGGAGACAGACAGGCAGACAGACAGGGAAAACAGGUAACAACACAACGACAGGCAGCAGAAAAGGGAAGACAGACAGGCAGAAGACGGUAGACAAAGGUAGACAGAAUUUUAACAACAGGGGAGACAACAGGCAGACAACGGUAACAAAAUAACAACGGUAGCGAAGGCAGCAAAAGUAACAGACAGACUGCAGACAGACAGGUAACAGACGUAGACAGAAUAUAGACGACAGGGAACCAGCAGACAGACAGGUAACAGACAGAAAACCAACAACAUAACAGACAGGGUAGAUAAAAAUAACAACAGACGCAACAAACGGUAGACAAAACAGACAGAAAACAUACAGGCAAAAACAGGGAACAAUAGCAAGAUAUAACAACUAACAACAUCGACAGCAAACAGACAUUUAACGACGGUAAACAAAAAACCAACAACGGCGACAAAAUAACAACAACAGCAAAAGACGGUAACAACAGGUGACGAGAGUAUAACAGACAGGUAAAAAACGGCCCCAACAGAAGGUAACAACAGUGCAGACGUAACAGACAGGGAGACCAACAGGUAGCAGACAACAGGCAGCAGACGGUAGACGACUUUGACAGAGGUAUAGACCGGUGACAACCCGCAAAAGUAACGACAGGAAAAACAACAACGACAGUAGACGACAGGGAAUAAAAGGUAGACACAACGGCAGACAACGGGAGACGACGGCAGACGCAGGCAAAAACAGGCAGCAACGUAGACAGCGGGAAAAACGGUGAUCUCCCAGGUUCCUCAGGUGCAUACCCUCCAGACAGACAACAGGUAAUAGACAGGUGUCUCCCGGUUUCCCCAGGUUCAUCCCUCCAAAAACAGACGGUAGAUAGACAGUAGAUAGACAGAGACAAAACCGGGGGAUAACAGGUGAUCUCCCAGGGUUUCCCGGUGCAUACCCUCCAACAACGACCGGUAGACACAGGUAGAAAACGGGAACAGACAGGUAGAAAAAAGACGCAUUUAAAAGACGGUAGACACAGGGUAGACGGGGCCCCCGGUUUUUGGGAAUAGACGGGUGAUCCCCGGUUUUCCCCGGUUUUCCCCCAAAACCCUCCAGACCCCCUGCAGUACUCUGCUAGCCCGUACCGUGCAGCUGACUGGAUCUCAGGGUCCAGGAGGGGCUCUGCCCAGAAUCACCAUGACCAGACCAACUCCACCACCUUCAUCACCA